GUCAUACAUUUCCAGACUGAAACUAUAAUUAACUACAUUUCACACAAUGCACCUCCUGCGCAGCCUCAGUACAUACUAAACGCUUGCCCUAUUCACUCCUCCCUAUUUUAAUGCUCGUUAAGAUGGUGGUUAGAGCGUAAAGUGUCUCUACAGAUAAGAAAGAAAAGGGCAAAACAUCUAUCAAGCCUUUUGAAUUAUAGCGAAAUAAUAAACCUAACAUAAUCUAAAGUGUCUAUCUAUACAAAUCUGGACAGUUCAGAGACAUUAGCAAUCCCCGCCCAAUUUGGUGUGACUGUCCAUUUGGAGUGGAAUCCCUGUAAUACGGACAGGGUAAGUGGCUAGCAAGCUAGCCCAAGCUAUUAUUGUAACUGUCUGCUACUGAUUUCGUGGCAAAAUAACAUUAGCUCCAGGGUUGCAUGAACGAAUUGAUACAGUUUCUGUAUCAAUGCCAUCCUUUGCAUCGUUGUCUAUUUGUGGAUUUAAUGAACUGUCAAUGGUUUACUGUGUCGGAGUCUGUUAGCUAGGGAACUAACGUUAGUAGGCCGCAGUCGCUAGUUUGCCAAGUUAGCUAACUGCGAAUGCCAGCCUAUAUUCUGAAGUUAGCUUGUAGGCUAAUGUUAGCCUAUUAGCACUUUCGUUGGUUAGCAAGCUGUCACUUUGUAUUCACAAGACUGCCUGUCUUGUGAACUUUGGUUAACUAUUUACUCAACCCAACAUUAAGUGUAUGUCCUUUUACUCGUUGACUUGAGUCUUAUAUUCAUAUUUUGUUUCAGCGGCUGAACGGCUUUUUGCGGGCUAGCUAACACAUAAUGUCAUGCCGCGAACUAACAUUAGCGAAUCAUUGCAAACCAUUAGAAACAUGCUAACGUUAGUUAGCUAGCAAGCUGGUUAGCAUAGCUUGUAACUAUCAGUCAGCUGACGUUUGCUGCUUGCUUGUACAUCUGCAUCAGAGAGAGACAGGAUGGGGCGCGAAGCCCUUGUUAUUUAGGCUGUAGUUUAGCAACACAUUUUGAAGUGCAAUUCAACCAACUAGUGUUACCCUGUAGCUAACGUUAGCUAGCAUGUAGCUAGCUAGCUAGUUUGUCAAUGACAGAUUUUGCCUACUUCCAAUCAAUAACUAGCUAACUGUUUCAGUUAAACAUCCAAUUUACAUCCUAGACAAGCGCAAGCCCAUCCUCAACAAACCCCAAGAUUCGAUAGGCCUGUUUAUUUGAUCAACCUGUGAUGUAAUACAGUUGACAGCUACACGAUAGAAUGCCCUCCUACUGUCAAAACACCACAUAAUUUGUUUGUUGCUUCCACAAGUCACUACUUUGUAACAAGCUGCUAAUACAGACCGAAGAUAUUGAUAAGCCUCAUACCAUUUAGCUUAGGCUACAUGAUAAUAAGACAUAUGGCUUUACCAGUACUACUAACUAAGUGAGCAGGUCUGGUUUAGACCUACAUUUUGCAUUGACAGUAGUGUGUACUCUUCAUGUUCGCAUUAUUCAAAAUUCAUAUACUUCCGAAAUACUCCAAAUAGAGUUUCUGAGUAGCAUAAUUGUCAGUCUGUACUUUCUAUCCUCUCUCAUCCCUUACUACGCUCCUCCCUCCCAGCCCGUGACCAGCCGUGACAUCUGCUCCCCCUCGCCGUGCCAUAGGAUGUCCCACAGCCCCGAGAUGAAGGAUGACCCCAUGGAGUGCCCUCUGUGCAUGGAGCCGCUGGAGAUUGACGACGUCAACUUCUUCCCCUGCACCUGCGGCUACCAGAUCUGCCGCUUCUGCUGGCACCGCAUCCGCACAGAUGAGAACGGCCUCUGCCCCGCCUGCAGAAAGGUACGUAACCUAUCUUACCCUGGCCCUUACCCUACCCAUCUACUGGCACUGCAUCCACACAGACGAGAACAGCCUCUGCCCAUCCUGCAGAAAAGUGAGGCUGGGUGUGCUGUCAAUAGACAUAGGGGUUAUGGAAAUGUGACAUACAAUCUAGUAGAAGCUUACCUGUCUUUCUAUCUCUGCCCCCUACCAUCCAGCCAUACCCGGAAGACCCUGCAGUGUACAAGCCCCUGUCACAGGAGGAGAUCCAGAGGAUAAAGAACGAGAAGAAGCAGAAGCAGAACGAGAAGAAGCAGAAGGUGACGGAGAAUCGGAAACACCUGGCCAGCGUCAGGGUGGUGCAGAGAAACCUGGUGUUCGUGGUCGGGCUCUCUCAAAGGCUCGCAGACCCAGAGGUGAGACAGGAGACACACAUACACACACACAGGGUCAGGGUGGUGCAGAGAAACCUGGUGUUCGAUUCCACAAUAUAGGCCUACCACAUAAAUAUUGACCUGUGUGUGUGUGUGAAUAGGGGGUUGUGUUAUUUUUUUACCCUCUUUUAUAAAAUGACUAACCGUUUGUAGUUUUUCUUCUUUUAUGCAAAUCUUGAGGCCCCCUCACACCCAAAGGAAAUGCUGGCAUGCUGAGAAUGAAGAUAUUUAGUGAAUUUCCUACCUUAAAUGUCAAGACUACUGCCACUUACACAGGCAUACAUUUUAUCCCACGCUGGAGUUGAGAAACACAGCUCUAUAUUGCCUAGGGGUAAAUAUGUGGUCCUCUGUAGCUCAGUUGGUAGAGCAUGGCACUUGUAACGCCAGGAUGGUGGUUUUGAUUCCCGGGACCACCCAUACGUGAAAUGAAUGCACGCAUGACUUUAAGUUGCUUUGGAUAGAAGUGUCUCUUAAAUGGCAUGUAUUAUUAAACAUAAUAAUUUUUAUAAUUGUUGUUAAGGUGGCAAAAUUCCAGGAACAUUUGCCAAAAUUCUCAGGUUUUCCAGAAAUUGGGAAUCCUCCAACUAGGAUUUCUGGAAAACCUGGGUGUUACAUGGGUGUUAUUUUCCCCCAUCCUUUUUAAGCUAAAUGCCAUAGGUUUCUUGUUCUAUAUGAAAUACAUUCCAUGUAAUACACUAUCCCAUUCUCUCUACAGUUAACCCAUGCAUGCUUUUUUUUCUGGGCAAUGUUUUUUGCUGCUUAUAUGAGCUGUUGCACAUAGAGUACAUGGUUUUAUCAUAGCACAUUGUGCUAACACACGCACACAAACACAUGCUAAAUCUAAGUCCCCACCCCUCCACUGUGCUUCAGCCAUAACCUAGUUAGAGUGAGAUAUGGAGCGUCUCACCUCACUAUUCUGUUACUUGAUCAUAUUUCUGGUCUACUGACCUAGCUCAAUUUGUUGUCCCUCCCAACUGUAUUUAUAAAGUUCUGUUUGUGAACAACUUCUCAUAAUGCUAGAGCAUAGUACAUUCAUCACCCCUCUUUCUGUCUCUGUGUUUCUCCACAGGUUCUAAAGAGGCCAGAGUAUUUUGGGAAGUUUGGGAAAAUACACAAGGUGGUCAUCAACAACAGCACAUCAUAUGCAGGUUCACAGGUAAGAGCUGGUUCUAUGUGGCUUAGUUGGUAACAGGCACGGUUCAGGGUUCAAUUCCUGCAGAGAUCCCAUACAAAAAAUAUAUACUCUCACUGUACUGUAAAUCACUUUGGAUAAAAGUGCCUGCUAAGUGGCACAACUUCGGAACUUUUUUGAUACUAGAACAGAAACGGUUCGGCGAUAGAAUUUUUGUUACUUUUGGUAUUUCUGUCAAAUGUCUCAUGUCGUCUACUGAUUGAGAGGAUCAAGUCUGUAUCAGCGUAGCCGAUGUCUCCUUAUAGCGCGAGCGCACCGUGCCUGCUCCAUGCCUGCUCCACUUACUCAUUACUAGCGCUAGCCUGUCCUGAGGAACCAUUGCACUCACUGGGAGUCUGGGCUGCAUCAUGUUAGCUUCCCACUCAUGCUGUACAGAAGUUAACACAUUUGAAUAAUGCAACAUGGCAUGUAGAACUGUUGCAACUGUACCUCCCGAGUGGCGCAGUGGUCUAAGGCACUGCAUCGCAGUGCCACUAGAGAUCCUGGUUCGAAUCCAGGCUCUGUCGUAGCUGGCCGCGACCGGGAGACCCAUGGGGCGGUGCACAAUUGGCCCAACGUCGUCCAGGUUAGGGGAGGGAAUGGCCGGCAGGGAUGUAGCUCAGCUGGUAGAGCAUGGCGUUUGCAACGCCAGGGUUGUGGGUUCGAUUCCCACAGGGGGGCAGUAUGAAAAAUUAAAAAAAUUAUGUAUGCACUCACUAACUGUAAGUCGCUCUGGAUAAGAGCGUCUGCUAAAAUGACUAAAAUGUAAAUGUAAAAUAUAAAUUACUGUUCACAAAACAUGGUCCAUUACAGGCUAGAACACUUUACAAUGCAAUAAGAUACCGGUAGCUUUGUAGGCUAGCUUUCCUUGCUAGCUUACAGCUGAAGUUAACAUCAAUUCACUACCCUAGUACUUUGUUUGAUAUUAUAUAAACAUAAUGCAAAAUAUGCUGAUUUCAAAGCUGAUUCUCACCAAAAACUGUAUUAAUUCACUUCGUCUCCUCAGCAUCACAUCUCUCCUGUCUCUCUCGCUGUGUGAAUGACGUCAUUAGGUCUUAAAGAGACAGUACGCACUUUUAUAAAAUAAGAGACUGUUUCUUCUAUGCAAAUGUUGUUGAUCAGUACAAUAAAAUAAGUCCCAAAUGGAAGGGAAACAGAUUGUUUUUCAUCUAUAGCCCCAUGAAAUCAGCCAAAACAAGCUCAAUAACUCAAUGCAACACACACUUGAAUAUGUAUUCACCUGUAUUGUGAAUAGGCCUAGUCCUAUUUUUAUUUAUCCAGUUUAUCAAUAGAGAUUUACCAUUCAAAUAAAUUAUUAACAUUAUGUAAUGUAGUUUGUUUUUACCAAAGUCAAAUUGAUUGUAUAUUUCAUUCAUUAAUGCAUACUUGGCUGUCUCUGAAAAAUAGACAAAACAUUUCUAAUGAUAUUGAACUCAAAAGAUCUUUCUGGAUCAAAUGACAUUCUGUGACUUUGGCUAAUACGCCUUCUUUUUGCCAUGGUAUCGUUUUGGUAUUGAGUAUCGAGUAUCGCAACACUAAACUUGGUACCGAUGUCAAAAUUAUGUUAUCGCGACAACACUACCUGGGAUUGAAUUCAACAGCAGGUAGAGAGAAUGUGACAUGAACUACAUAUCUAAUAAAAAAAACUUGCCGUGUUUCUUAUGACCUAUUCUGAAUAGAAGUUUCACUGUUUUCUGAUCCACAGGGUCCCAGUGCCAGUGCCUAUGUCACCUAUAUCCGCUCUGAAGACGCCCUCAGAGCAAUACAAUGUGUGAACAAUGUGGUGGUGGACGGUAGAACACUCAAGGUGUGAGACUUAACAUACAGAAACAGAAAUUCAGGGCCAGUUUCCCGGACACAGAUUAAACCAAAUACUGGAUACAAAUUCUCAGUAGAGAAAUUCCAUUGAAGGUGCAUUUUAGUCUAGGACUAGGCUAAAUCUGUGUCUUACUUUUUGUAAGGAAUGCUAUCAAAUACUAUAUGACUUCUGACUUAUAUAAGUAAGAAUAUUAUGCAUUAGAGGGAACCUCAGCUGAAGAGAACAUUCAACAGAAUGAUGUCAUCACAAGUACAUUUUCACUGAGCUUUUCUUUCUGUAUGUUUUUUUUUUAUUGCAGGCUUCUUUAGGCACAACAAAAUACUGCAGUUACUUCCUCAAAAGCAUGCAGUGUCCCAAACCAGACUGUAUGUAUCUACAUGAGCUGGGGGACGAGGCGGCUAGCUUUACGAAAGAGGAGAUGCAGGUAAACAAACCUUUAUUCUUCCUGUCUGUGUGAUUGUCGGUGGGUGAAUAGAGAUGGCAGAUAACUUGACGUCAUGUAUUGUACUUGCCUGGGGGGGGGGGUCAGUAUGCCAGGGCAUAUGUGUCCUAUGAUGGUGACAGAUCCAAUUUCUUCUCUUGGAUCAAUAAAGUUCAUUCAUUCAGAUGUAUGGGAUAGCCCUAGCUGUUUUAUGUAUUCUUCCUUUUUCUUUCGAGGUUUAUUUGUUGUAUCUGCCACUAUUUUGUAUGGUAUUCUUACUUCAAUUUGCUUCGGACCUAGCCUGGUCCCAGAUUUGUAUGCGUCGUAUAGCCAACUCCUAUAGUCGUCGUCAAUCUGCCAUACAGUUGAAUUGAGUUAGGUGUCUGUGGUGCACAGUGGGAGCAUUGUGUGUUAUUAUUCACUGCUAAAAUGACUUCAUGUUAUGUUUGUGUCCUUUAGGCCGGGAAACACCAAGAAUACGAGCAGAAACUACUUCAGGACCUCUACAAAAUGAACCCUAGCUUUCUACAAACACCAACAUGUUCAGGGGAAAAGUCAAAAAGCAAAUCUUCAAAUUCUACACAAAGGUACAUUUGGUAUUUUGGUGUCUUUUUCUUCCACGCAGUAUCCUUUGAUUUGAUGACAUUUACCUUACUUCUCAGGUAAAUCAGGGUUAUGAUUUAAUUGCUGGUUGUUGUAUACACCAGGGUUUCCCAAACUUGGUCCUGGGGCCCCCCCUGGGUGCACGUUUUGGUUUUUGACCUAGCACUACACAGCUGAUUUCAAUAAACCAACUCAUCAAGCUUUGAUGAUUUGAAUCAGCUGUGAAGUGCUAGGGCAAAAACCAAAACAUGCACCGGGGCGGGGGGGGGGGCAGGACCGAGUUUGGGAAACCCUGGUAUACACCAUGUAUUUGCAUAUUUCUUUCUUGCAGUUUCUAUUGUGUCAUUUUAUUGUGGGACCUUGGGUGAGGUGAGAUCCAUUUAUACAUGUAAUUAAUACAUUAUUUGUAUGGCAAAUAAACUUUGUGAAACGUAAAACUUCUCGCCGCAAACCCAAACAACAGCAAAUAUUUGCACUGAAGGCUGUGGCACUAACUAACUGCUAGACCACCGCAGGCCACGGUUCUCUCGCCAAGUCUUCCACACAACACCUCUAUUCGAUGCUGACCUCUUGUUUUUGUCAAUUUCUCAACACAGACCCAGCAAUGGCAAGGACGGGUGGCCGACACUAUCAGGGUAUGGUGGCAAACUGGCCAAUGGGUUGUCAGAGGACGGGAAAUCUCCUCCGCUGCUAGACUGCUGUCUGGACCCAGCGGUCAUGACCUCAGACGGGUUAGGACUUAGCCUGGGGCCGGACACAGAGCUGGGGAUGGGGUCUGGCCAAGGGGCUGCCCUGUCCCCCUUCUCCUCUAAUUGUGACAGCAAUGGGUAAUAUAUAGUAAUAUAGUAUUACAUUAGUUUUAUAUUAGUGGGGCUUGGGGCUGGACACAGGGAUGGGCUCUGUCCCCCUUCUGCUCCAAUUGUGACAGUAACAGGUAAUUACCGUGACACAUAAAGGCCAAACUACUAAUAUACACUAACACAGACAGGUAAUAUACAGUUUAAGGCUUGAGUCGAGCUAAACCAAGCUGUACUGAGAAGAUAUGGUUACGCAUUCACUAUAGUUGCUGGAAACGUGCUGAAAAGGGAAAUGUGAACAAAAAAUAUCAGAGCCAGCACAGUUUGGUCGGCACAAUAGAGUGAACUGAAAAGGGUAUAACUCACAAGCCAAACUGGACACCUUUUUUGGUCCCUUUUGUUAGGCCAUGAACUGCACAGCUGCGUAGUCUGAUGUUGGUCUGUUUCUGUUUCCCUCUAGUCCCAGCGACAAACCUCCGGAAUCAAUAGGUAUGGUGAAUGGAACGACUUUACAACAGGUAAGAAGAUCUUUACUAAUUAGUUAAUUUGACAUGUAGUGUCAAGAUUUUUUAUAGAUUAUUACUUUAUCACAUGGAGUACAUAGGGAUGUUAUUGGAUAAAUUAUUGUCAAAUCUAUCCAGACUAUACUGUUUCUUCUGAGCCAUUUAAAGGCCCAGUGCAGUCCAAAAUGUGAUUUUUCCUUUGUUUUGUAUAUAUUUCCACACUGAGGUUAGAAUAAUACAGUGAAAAUUAUGACAAUGUCAUUUUAGUGUAAGAGACGUUUGAAAAUACCGCCUGAAAUUUCAGCAUGUUUUGUUGGGAUGGAGUUUUGGCCUGCCUAGGCAGUAAAUUUGUUAUAGACCAAUAAGAAAGAGUUCCAAGACUCUCUGCCAAUAACAGCUAGUUUUACCCUCCCCAAUCAGACCACUCCCAGACAGUCCUAGCAAAAUUCUUGCUUGGGAAAUUGCCCUUUGCUAAGAAGCAACUUUUGUUUCUUUUUGACCAUUUUAAUUGAAAACAAUCACAGUAAGGUACUUCAUUGUUACCCAGAAAUGAUUUGAUAUUGACAUAAAAACGGCUGCAUUGGUUGGACCUAUAAAAUAUUUGUUUUCAUUAUGACUUAUUAUUAUUGCUUACAAAUGUUACGAUGUAAGACAUUACCAGUGUCCCCCCACUAAUUCCAUCCCCUUUUUCCUCUCUCCCCCUUCCAGAUGCCUAACAGUGAGUCCCCCUCCCCUCCCCCGGGGCUGACUAAGCCCCCCAGCAGUCUGGUGGUUCCCAUCAGUGUAGUGGACCUCACUGCCCGCUCGCCCUUCGAGGGGGCCGCUGCAGAGUCCCAGUCCCUCUUCUCAGACAACAGUAACUUCAGACACCCCAACCCCAUCCCGUCCGGCCUGCCCCCCUUCGCCAGCUCGCCUAGAGGGGGAUCCGACUGGCCCAUGACCCCUGAACCACAGAGCCUCUUCGCAUCAGGUGGGUUGUGUGGGGCAGAAACACACAGAUGCGCGCGCACACUCGCUGUUAAAAUAAAACAUGCUUCCAUUUACAGCGCAGUAGCUGCUCCACUGGUCGAAGCGUGUACAAAUUAAAAAGAAAGUUACACACUUGUCUCUCCUUGCUGUGGAUUUAUUUGACUAAUGUUUCAGCUAAAGAGCCUAUAUCAGGGUUCGAAACUAACCACUUGCUAACUUUUCCAUUCUGCUCACCCCUCUUCAGACACAAUACCGGUCUCCUCCUCCACAGACUGGCAGGCAGCCUUCGGCUUCGGCUCCUCUACUAAACAGCAGCAGGACGACGACCUGGGCUUCGACCCCUUCGACGUGACACGGAAAGCCCUGGCUGACCUCAUAGAGAAGGAGCUGUCAGUCCAGGACCAGCACAGUCCCCUGGGGUCCCCCAGCCCCUUCGGCCUCCACCACCCCGGGUCCCACCACGGCCUCCACAUGCCCCUCUCCAACCCCAACCAUUUCCCCAACAGUAUUGGACCUCCACCCCGCCUCUCUCAGCUUCACCACAGGCAAAUGUAUAGCUCCUUUAGUUUCCCUGGUUCCCAGAGUCAGAGCGGUCACCAUGGUGGAGGUCAGGCUGCCCAGGCCGCUGCAGCUCGGCAUACCUGGAUGGGCAUGCCUCCCUCGGCCCGCAGCAAUAACCACCUCCUCUCACACUUGAACCUCUCGGCCAAUGCUGGGGGAGGACAUAGCAACUUCCUGGACUUGAGCAUGCCUCCUCAGCACCACAGUCACAGUACAGGGCUGGGAGGGAUCCCCAUGUCAGGUAGGGUACUCUGGGUCUGUUUUCUGGGAGUGUUGAGGCCAAGGUUGGGGUCUGUUAUAUGUCCUGUGUCAAAUUCAAGUAAACUAGAAUUUGAAUGUAAUUUUAGAUCCUGAGUAGACUAAAUUGAAAUGGAAUUGACCUUUGACUCUGGUUGAGUCGUGUUUAACACAAUCUGUUCAGUAUGACUGUAUCAAGCAUUGAAUAUCAAAACAUAUGUAAUCGUUUUGCCUGUUUUGAUCAUGUUAUAUUGACCAUGCGAGAAACAAAUUACAUGCAGAUGCAGUUCUGUGUUUUGGCCACAAGAUGGCAGACCAAACCCACCUGUGAAGACUUAUAUUAAAUGUCUAUAAUUAUCUACCGUUGAUAUAUUUUUUUACAGAAGCAAAGCAGCACUCCUUAUGUUCUCAUAAUUAAAUGUAUUAUUUCUCUCUCUCGCUCUGCAGAAAACAGCAGUUCUAUAGACGGCCUCAAUGUGAAAGAAUGGCAGGACGGUUUGAGAGCUCUCCUCCCCAACAUCAACAUCAACUUCGGGGGUCUCCCCAACUCCUCCUCCUCUUCCUCCUCCUCCUCUUCCUCUAGUAUGAACCACAUCGGGGGGCCAAACCACAUGGGGGGCCCUGGGGGACUCUCACACAGCCUCAGCUGGGACGGUACGGCCAGCUGGAUGGACCCAGCUAUCAUCACAGGUAGUGAGUAACUUUACAAUUGUUUAUUAUAAAACAAAUGAUGUGUUUUUGUUCUGUCUUCGCUAUCUGUAUUGCAGCGUUUCCCAAACUCUGUCCUUGGUUUCUGCCCUAGCACUACACAGCUGAUUCAAAUUAUGUCUGUAGAUUCUGGUUGGAAGUGAGAUAUCUACUCAAUUCACCUUUCUUUCCUUCUUUCUUUCUUUCUUUCCUCCCCUCCCCUCCCCUCAGGCAUCCCAGCCUCAACAGGCAGCAGUUUAGACUGUCUCCAGGAGGACCAGAACCCUCCGCACUGGCUCAAAUCCCUUCAGGCCCUGACAGAGAUGGACGGCCCUGCGCUGCCGUCACUCCCCCAGCAGCCCCAGAACCAGCAGCACCACAGCCACCACCACGGCCUCCUAGACCAGGCCUCCUCACACCCACACCUCCACCACAGAGCAGGCUCCGGUUGGGCCCCCUACCUGCCUGGCCUGACCCAGCCCACACAAGCCAACCCCAGCCACUUCCACAGCCCUCCUCCAGGCUUCCAGACAGCCUUCAGACCCCCAGGCCAGAGCGCCACAGAGCUGCUACAGAGCGCCGCUGCUGGGGACCGCCACUAA